AUGCCCCCAGAGCAUCCCGUGAGCAUCCCAGAGACUUCCCGCUGGCAGGCCUGGACUGUGAACUUGGUUGCGAUGGAGACCAUGUCCCUGGAGCACCAGAUCCAGAGCGUGCAGCGGCACAUCGCUUUUCUGAAGAAGGAGCAGAUGGAGCUGCUCCACGACCUGCACCUGGAGAUCCUCCGCUUGCAGAAACACUGCUCAGAGCUCACCCAUGACCUGGAAAUAAAAGAGCUGGAAGCCCGCCAGCAAGACGUCCUGGACCGGGAGCUGGAGGAGAAGUGCCGGGCAAUGGAGGCCCAGCUGCAGGAGAAGGAGAAGGACAACCUGGAGCUGCGCAAGGAGCUGCGGCACAAGGAGACGCUGGUGGCCGCGCUGCGGUCCAGCCUCCGCAACAAGGAGCGCCGGUUCCUGGAGGAGCUGAAGCGGCGGAGCCACCCGCGGCCGCACGCCCCGCAGCCCCUGCCGCCGGAGCCCCCCACCCAGGCCCGUGGCAUGGCCGGUGCUGCUGCGGCACCCCGGGCGCAGGGGCCCCCCCGGCAGCCCACUGAGGAGCCGGUGGCCAGGGCCAGGUCAGCCAAGGGCGAGCCCAGCAAGAGGCAGGGGUCCGGCCCCUGCGGUGCCCCUCAGGCCUGGGAGUAG